GCGAUUCCCAACAAUCCUUUGCGAGGGUUCAAGAUGGCGGCGCCCAGUGGAGCCGUGAGUGAUGAGGAGAGCAGCAGCAGUAGCGACGCGGAGGAGCUGGCACGGUGCCGCGAAGCGGCGAUGCCGGCCUGGGGCUUGGAGCAGCGCCCGAGGGGGCCGGAGAAGCCAAGAGCCGAUGCCGCAAAUAAUCGGUUGCCAGCCACCCAGCCGAGCCUCAGGCAUAAGGUGGAUGAGCACGAGCAAGACGGCAACGAGCUGCAGACCACCCCCGAGUUCCGAGCCCACGUGGCCAAGAAGCUGGGAGCCCUACUGGACAGCUCCAUUACCAUCUCAGAAGUAGUGAGGGAGCCGACAGAGGCUGAGGUACAGAGGGUCGCCCCAGAGGACGACGGCUUCCGCCUUUUCUUCACGUCCGUCCCCGAAGGCCCUGAGAAGAGAGCUUCUCCCCAGCCCCGCCGGAAGCGCUUGCCCUCCAGCUCCAGCAGCGAGGACAGCGACCAGGAGUGGCAGCGGUGCCGGGAGGCAGCUGUGUCAGCCUCCGACAUUCUCCAGGAGUCCGCCAUCCACGGCCCUGUCAAGGUGGAGAAGGAGGCGAGAAAGCAGAAAAGGAAGCUGAGAAAGAAAGCCAAGAAGGAUGCCAGCCCCGACUUGGCUGCAGCCACCUCCGCAAGCAAGGCCACAGUCGGCAAGCAGGAAAAGGAGUCAACCGAGCUCAAGGGAGACCAGGCGUCACUUGGGACCAAAAAGAAGAAAAGGAAGAAAAAGGCAAAGAAGGGCAAUGAGGCUUCCCCGUUCCCGCCAACAAAGAAUGCAGCAGCCGUGCCUGCAAACUGACCCC